AGCAUCAUCGCAGUGUGAUGGCGGAGUGAUUUCCUCCUGCCGGAGCCCAGCCCGCUCUUCUUCACCAGAGAGAGAGAGAGAGAGCAAGCCGCUCAGGAGGAAAGUAAACACAACACCAGAGAGCAGAUCGAUUCCCAUUACAUCACCGAGUGCGAGCCGAGUCCAUCCGGGUCCCGGGGCAGGACGCGGCUCCCGACCUCAUGGUUAUUGUUGGUGUGACUCGAGCCGGUUUCUACACCAGACGCUGUGUGUUCGAUGCCCAUCACAGCUGAGCUCAUCGGGAGGUGAUGUGACCGGAAGCAGCGCGAGACUCCGCCGCCGCCGCCAUGUCCGAGCAGGCGGAUGUCGAGGCGGCUGCGGGAGCGACCGGAAGCGCGGACCGCUAUGAGGAAUACGAGUGCAAGAUCUGCUACAACUACUUUGAUCUGGACCGGCGCGCGCCCAAGAUCCUCGAGUGCCUGCACACGUUCUGUGAGGAGUGCCUGCACGCGCUGCACCUGCGCGAGGAGCGGCCGUGGCGCGUCACGUGCCCUGUGUGCCGUCACCGCACGCCCGUGCCGGAUUACCGGAUACGCAACCUGCCCAACAACACCAAGGUCACGGAGGACUUCCCGCUGCGCGUGGACGUGGACGCGGACCCGGUGCCGCAGGACGCGCUGCCGCCGAACCCGCCGCCGCUGCACCCGGCGCUCGCGGCCCUGCGGCGCGACGACGCGUCCGGCCCCCCGAGUCGCCACGCGCACGCGACCCCGUCCACCACGGCGUCCACAGCCACCAUGACGCUGUCGCAGGACUCGGUGGGGUCGCGGCGCGAGAGCUGCCAGGAGGGCUGCUGCAGGCGGCUCGCGCUCACUGCCGGCUGCGCAUGCGUCGCCUUCUCGUUCGUGGCCAUGCUCGCGCUGCUCUUCGCCGGACUCGUGUUCGUGCACGGAAACUCCGGGGACCGGCCGCCGUCUCCCGCCGGACCCGUGUGCCUGUCGGUCGCCAGCGUCCUCGCCAUGGUGGCCGUCGUGGUCACGUGGCUCCUCUGCUGGCUCAAAUACAGACCGGAGCACGAGACAACCGGCCGCGCCUCGACCACGAGCAACAGCAGCAGCAGGAGAAACGCCUGAUCUCUCUCUCUCUCUCUCUCUCUCUCUCUCUGUGUAGUAUUAUCCUGUCCUCCAUCAUCAACUAGAGCAGACGGACCUUUGCUCUUAUUCUUCCCUAUGCACUUAAACAUUAAUGACAAUCUCCUCUUUCUUUCCACACACAGAUGUGUGCACGUGUCCUUCCAUCCAUCCAUCCAUCCAUCCAUCCAUCAUCUCUAGCCGCUUUAUCCUGUUCUACAGGGUCGCAGGCGAGCUGGAGCCUAUCCCAGCUGACUACGGGCGAAAGCGGGGUACACCCUGGACAAGUCGCCAGGUCAUCACAGGACUGACACAUAGACACAGACAACCAUUCACACUCACACUCACACCUACGCUCAAUUUAGAGUCACCAGUUAACCUAACCUGCAUGUCUUUGGACUGUGGGGGAAACCGGAGCACCCGGAGGAAACCCACGCGGACACGGGGAGAACAUGCAAACUCCGCACAGAAAGGUCCUCGCCAGCCGCUGGGCUCGAACCCAGGACCUUCUUGCUGUGAGGCGACAGCGCUAACCACUACACCACCGUGCCGCCCUGUGUGCACAUGUCAGGUUGCAAACCUUUUGGACCAGUCCAGAUCAGAAACCAAUCCGACCCAUAAAUCAGUCAGAUCCGACAAGAAUUAAUCAUCCAACAUGCUGAACGUACAUCUGAAAUCUAAUCUAAAACUAUGACUGACUUUAGUAAAAGAAUAGCCGUUCAACUUGUUUUGUUUAUACGUACACUACCGUUCAAAAGUUUGGGGUCACCCAGACAAUUUAGUGUUUCCUAUGAAAAGUCACACUUUUAUUUACCACCAUAAGUUGUGAAAUGAAUAGAAAAUAUAGUCGAGACAUUUUUCUGGCCAUUUUGAGCAUUUAAUCGACCCCACAAAUGUGAUGCUCCAGAAACUCAAUCUGC